AUGGCUGACUACCAAGCGGAACGCACCCAGUCCACGAGCUUCCUCUCCCUCGCCCUUGGAACCGCUUUCACGCUUGCUUCAAGCGGCAUCCUCAUUUAUCUCUGGCGUGGUGCUGAUCUAUCACAUGAUCGCAAGGAACCUGAGUUUUGGACGACCAUUGUCACAAACGGCUGGGCAGCCCGAGUCGCCACCAUCUGCUCUGCCGUCAUACGCACCUCGAUCGCUGUCCAAGUCGGUGUCGUUGCAGCCGCACUUUCGGCAAUUAUCUUCGAGACUACAGGCGUUCGCUUCAAUGACGUUCCAGUCCUAUCCUCAGAGAGAGCCUCAAAAUCGGGCUUCAUCAAUAUCUGCCCAGCAGUCCUUAGGCAAACGACAGGAAGUCCAUUGAGCAUCUUGCCAUCUUCCCAAUGGCUAUUUGCAGAGGAUCGGAUUGGGAAACCUCAAUUUGGCGAUAACGGCGACGUUUAUCGUGCCAUGCUGCCGUUUUCGGAAGCGGCCUCGAGAAUAUCGCUUGAAGCGUACGACGGACCUGCUUUGGUUGCCAACGUUCGUACCAUUUGUCGUCCCCCUCCGUUACAGAAUUCGAGUAUUUCUGCUCACGGAAUACUUAGUCCGCACUUUGGAGACGCGAGAGAUAGUGUGUCGGCGAUCCUAAAUACGACAGGGCCGUCUGAGUGUAUGCUGUAUUGUCGAGAUAAGGGUAAAUUGACAGGCUGGCCUGUGUCUCUGUGCGACUACUCCGGCUCUUUCAUACCGCAGCCCGAACUUUCCAUAGAUUCCAAGACAGGAAGAAAACACAGCUUCCAGCAAAUGCUCGUCGUCAAUGCGACGACCAAUAUUGCUGCCGAUGGGUUUAGGGAUACCAAUGGCGGACCCCCACCCGAGCGUCUGCGGAACUUGACUUAUGAGAUGAGCGAUGUAUGGACCAAAGCAUACGAUGCCAAUGGGGAUCAUGUCUUGAGUGCUACGUUCUGCUUCGUCAAUACAUAUCCUGCGCAGAUAUAUAACGUCAGCAUGACCGGGCGUCAAACCACCAGAGAGCCGAGUCUCAAAACCAGCAAGGUUGACAGUGCUCAUCUUCAACUUGGGAACGGGGAAGACUUCGCAAAGCGCGGGAUUCUCGACAUAGAUAUCGGGCCGCGCCUGAACGUCAGUUCUCGUCUUGUAGACUUUGUCGAGGGUGUUCCAAUGGAAGACGGACCAAUCCACGAUCCUUACUACAGAACUCUAGGGCUCGAACAUCCAGCAAUGUCCAAAACGACUUGGGGUAUGAUGUCACCAGCACAGGAAGUUGAACAAGGAUGGUCGGCGAAUCAGGCACAUAUCUCGCUCUUCCAGAGUAUUAUACAGAAGACAGAAGAUCCUGCCGUGGCGGUUCAAGGUCUGAUGACUCGACUGUAUCAGAUGGUCUAUUACAACUGGCUCGAAGAGUAUGACCUCAAAUACCCUGUGAGCACUACUCAUACGGAGGAUCGACUUAUACCGACAAGAUGGACUGGACUUAUCAUUGUUCUCGUUCUUGUCGCAGUACAUCUUGGGCUUGUCUUUACAACGAUUAUUCUCUUUGUGCUCAAGACAAAGGCUUCGGCGCUUGGGAACACUUGGCAUACUCUUGCGCAGACAGCUCAAAUGGCUGACGGUGUCGAUGGAGUUGCUAUGAUGUUGGAUGAUGAGGUUGAGAAAUGGGCGAAGGUGACUGGUAGGGACACCGACAUUUGUGGUUUAAAGAGGUCGGGACAGGAUGGCAAGGUUGAAGUUCAAUUGUUGAGGAAGAGGAGCUGA